AUGUUUGAAGCCAUCAUUGAUGCCCUCGUCGGAUGCGGUGUGCUUGCCUGCACUCGGAAGGUGCUCAUCGGUAUCGAUGCCGAGAACAAUGCCUCAGCCGCCGCCUGUGCCUCGUCGUCCGAGGAAGCACUUUGGGUACUCCGCUGGUACUGCAGUGAACAACUCUAUGAGGUAUCGAGCAGCAAGAUUAUACAUGGCCACAUCAGCCAGGACUAUAGGCUCGAGAGUGCGAUCGGGAGCGGGUUCUCUGGAUCGGUCGUGGUUGGUUAUCAUCGCGUCUCUGGUCUUAAGUAUGCUAUCAAGUUGCUGGACAAGCGUCGCCUAGCUGAUAAGGGUGUACUCAACCUUGCUGCUCACGAGGCAUCAGUUCUUUUAUCAACAGACCAUCCCUCUGUGUGCAAACUACAUGCCGUGUAUGAGACCAGUUCUAAGCUCUGGCUGGUCAUGGAGUACAUACAGGGCAAAGACUUGUGCGAAUGGCUGGCUUCCCGUCGACGUGAGAUGCGAAGCGAAGCACGUAUUGUGCUUGGUCAGAUAAUCGAUGCUCUUGCUUACUUGCACCGUAUGAAUAUAAUGCAUCGAGAUGUUAAGCUAGAGCACUUCAUCAUUGAUUCUAAUUCUUGUCUCAAACUUAUUGAUUUUGGAUUCGCCACGCGAUCCCAUGGAGAGCUACGGAGUCGAGUAUGCGGGACAUAUCCGUACGUGGCUCCUGAGGUUUUCCGAGGGGAAGCUAGCUGUGCAUCGGAUAUGUGGAGUGCGGGAAUAAUCGCUCUGCUGAUGACUACCGGUCCACGACAUAGGAAUAUUCAUAAUGCUAUGCAACUUGAGAUACUCUCUCAAAAGAAGGGCUCUCCUGAGUCGCAUAGAUCGUAUGAGAUGAACGGCAAGACUCUUGAGCUGUUGCUCAAAGCUGAACCGACUAUCCUCACAUGUCCUGGGGAUGUUCCUGAUGGCGGCAGUCGCUCGAAAAGCAACGAGUCUAGUCCUUGCGGAGGUCAGAGGCGAAGCGAAACUGCCGAUGAGUCUGCAUGCUACUGUCCAGUAUUCGCCUCCUUCAUCACGAGCUUGCUUAAUGCCAACCCUCAAAGGCGCAUGACGGCAGAGCAAGCUCGUCGACAUCCAUGGUUGUUAGGGCAGUGCUGUGAGGACGAUCGUCUGGCUGCCCUUGAGCCCUUCCAGCCCUUGCCAAGAGGUCACGGUGGCGAUACCACCAGCCUUGACCGAUUGCAGGAAGAAGCACAUACGAGUGGGGAAGCGGCUAGGGAAGUGCUGGACUCCAGAUACUACAUGGGUAAGGCCAUUCGACAUGCUCCAGUGUAA